AUGACGUUCUUCACUGAUUGUAUCUGGACAAUCAAGAAAGUGCCCAAAUUAUGCCGGAUGGAGGCUGAUGGGGGACCUUGCAGAAGUCAUCUCAGAAGAUACGCCUUUAACUUGAGCUCAAUGAGGUGUGAGGAGUUCAUCUAUGGUGGCUGUUAUGGAAAUGACAACAACUUCAGAGAUGUGCAGUCUUGUGUGGACCACUGUCUGCCAGAGAAAACUGGUCCCUUGUUAUGCUAUAGUCCAAAGGAUGAAGGAUUGUGUUCUUCUUCUGUGACUCGCUAUUACUAUGACACGAAGAGCAAAACGUGUAAGGAGUUCAAAUAUACUGGCUGUGGUGGAAAUACCAAUAACUUUGUUACAGAAACAGAUUGCUACAAUGUCUGUAGAAAAGGGAGUGAAAAACCAAGAAUCAACAAGCCAGCAAAUCUACUCCGCAGAAAAAUGAUGAGAAAACUGAUUAAAAAACCUCAGACACAUAACCUGAAGUCCUAAGUCUGAUGUGCAUAUGGAUGUUUAAAACAACUUCUUCUGAUUAAACUUUCUUCUUUUGUAAUACAGCUUCCACACAGUUUUAUCAACAAAUACAUCAACAAAUAGUUCUAUCUUUCAGAACUGCUUUUUUUUCAACCUACUUUUUAGAAAGAAGAACUGCAUGUAAUAGAAGAAGAAUGAACCUAAGUUUCAUUCUUCUGCUCUGUUGUAUUUGCAGUAAUACUUUGGUAAAAACCAAAUAUUUAGAUUUCCAUGUUUUUAUGGGGGAAUGUUACUACUGCCUUGGAAGAAUAUUCCAAAUGUUACAAAUCAUUUAUGAUUUGACAAAUCUAUAGUCUCUUAGUGUAACUAAGGAGAGUACAAUGCAAGGUCUCUACCAUGGAUUUUUUGGCAUUUUGUGCUUGCUAAAGAAACAGAUCCUUCCAAAGGGGUGUGCCGAGGUUUGGAGCCCUGCCAUUAUACAUACUUUGGCACUGUCAUAUAAGUAGACUGUCCUUUAUAGUCAUGUUCAUAGCCAAGGCUUUCAGAAGCCUUUGUGAAAGAAUUAUAAACUUAAAUCUGUCUCAUUCCAGAAAAGGGAAUUGGGAUACUUCAACAAAUACUCUAAAGAAGACAAUCAAUCAGUUACUCAACUAUUAAAAUAUAAUUGUAGGCAUUACUUUUUUAUGACAUCUGAAAUUUCCACAAAAUGAUACUCCAGGUCCUCACUUGGAAUAAAUUUCUGUUGAUUUUUAAUGGAGUGACAGUGAUUCACAUCUUCUGAGGAUCUUGAUAUUUGUGUUUAUGAGGGGCUGUUAAAGAACAGCAGAAAAGCAGAAGCUUCUGCAAAUCUCAUAUAAUCCCUCUUUUGAGGCAUUAUUUUAUUUCUUGUGUUAGAUUAUGCCUCUGGUGAUAAUAUUGCAUCUUCUUUUAUGUUCUGUAUGUGAGCCAUGUCUAAAUUUCAAUUAUUUUUACCUACAAUGUUUUCUACUAUGAAUUUAUGACAAAUAUUAAUA